AUGAAAAAUGUUGCAUUCCCCAACGAAGUACGAUCCGAAGGAGCACAUCUGGAGCGGUGCCCGGCUGCAGGGACUCUACAAUGAAGACUUGACCGUUGGACAGAUCAUCUUUCGACAGCUCCGGCGGGAGCCGCAGAGGAUUUUCCAAAUAUCGCACACGGAUAAUACGAGGCUAACGCGUGGCCAGAUGCUGGAGAAUGCCUGCAAAAUGGGGGCCUAUCUGAGGGGACAAAAGUUCACGAUGGCGACGGAUAUUGUGGGUCUGAUGGCCCGCAACACAACACAUGUGGCAGCCGUGGCCUAUGGCUGCCUCUUCAACGGCACACCCUUUCAUGCCGUGAACCCGAAUCUCGAGGAAAAGACCAUCAGGGAUCUGUACCACAUCACCAAGCCCCGCAUCCUCUGCUGCGACAGUCAGGACUACCAGAAGAUCAAGGACAUAGCCGAGGCGUUGGGGGCCAUCGUUCUCAUAGUAAAUGGAAAGAUACCCCAAGUGGCCAGCAUCCCAGAGAUACUUAAAACAUCUCUCAGUCCAAACUAUGAGCCCUCAGAGUUCGCUGGCGGCAUCAAUCGCACCAUGGCCAUCCUUUGCUCCUCGGGCACCACAGGAACCCCCAAGGCGGUGACGAUUUCCAACAGCCGUAAGCUCUUCGAGUGCCACAGCUACCUGUCCUCCAACGAUGUCCAGUAUGCCCCUAGUACCCUGGAUUGGCUGACGGGACUCAUUUCUCUAGUGACAGCUGGAGUUUAUGGCACUGUCCGUCUGGUAUCUAGCGAUAUGUUUAGUCCUGGGCACUUUCUGGAGAUCUGUGAGCAGCAUGAAAUCUCCUGGUGUAUUAUGGCCAAUUCCCAUGUGGCCAUGUUGGCCAAUUGUUCGCAAACCAAGGCCCAAAAGUUGAGGAGCCUCCAGCACCUGCUGUUCGCGGGCGGCCACUGCCUUGUGGCGACCCUCAGGAAGAUGCAGUCCUUCCUGCACGGCCAGGGUAUCCUGCGGAAUGCCUAUGGGCUGACGGAGCUGGGAGCCCUCGUGUCCUACAACUACGACACGCAAUCGAAGCCCGAAUCAGUGGGUCGUUUGAUGGCCAACAUUCGCGUGCGGGUUGUCGAUGGCUCGGGUCAGAAUCUGGCAGUCAAAGGCGUGGGGGAGAUCCUCCUCCACAAUGGACAGCCUUGGAGCGGAUACUUCGGCAAUCCCAAGGCCACGGCAGAGAUGCAGGACCCCGCAGGAUGGUUCCACACCGGCGAUGUGGGCUUCUUUGAUCAGGACAGCUAUCUGCACAUCGUGGAGCGCAAAAAAGACAUGCUAAAGUAUCUGGGAAUGAUGUACUAUCCGCAUGAGAUCGAGGAAGUGAUCGCCCAAAUGCCUGACGUCUCGGAGGUCUGUGUUUUUGGCCUUUGGCGCGAACAGGAAGGCGACGCGGCCGCUGCCUCGGUGGUGCUUCGUCCUGAAAGCCGUAUCAAGGCCUUCGAAGUGGAGGCUUUUGUGCGGGACAACAUCACCGUGCCGUUCAAGCAUCUCCACGGUGGGGUGCAGAUCGUGCAGCAGUUGGCCAAGAGCGCCAAUGGAAAGGUCAAUCGUUCGGCGGUCAGAGAAAACUACAUAAAGAGGGGCUCCUCCUCCUCCAGCGCUUAGAUGGGCCCCCACAGAUACGCAACAACGAGUUUCACUAUUCAAAAGAUACAGAUACAAAAUGUAAGUGGAAGUGUAAAAGCGGCCGGGAGGGGGGCUCUGAUAAGCCGGCAGCAGCAAGCACUUUGCACUCACAAGAUACAUAUUUACGUAGAUACUAUCUAAACUUUGCACUGUAAUAUGUAUCUGUCACACAAAUAAAGAUACAUUAUAAUGCAAAUAAAAAAUUUCACAUAAGAUUACACCAAA